AUGUUUUGGUUUCUUCCCUCAGAAGUGUUGGAACCCCCAAAGCAGAAGAAGCUUGACCAAAAGCCUCCAUUUGAUGAGGAGGAAUUGAUUAAGGAGAAAACAAAUGGUGCCAACACCACCACCAUCGAUUGGACUAUCAGUGAAGACUACGACAUGUCGGACAUCAAAACCAAACCGCCUCCAAGAAAGUCCGUGGAGCCAACCUACCGUGGAUGGAAAGAGGUAGGUAGAUGGGAGAAGGCUGAUGCGUUGACCUCUGAGGAUGAGGCCAUGGACUUGUUGACCCGUGGAUCUAUCUUUGACACUUAUUUGCCCAAGAUAGCCUAUGGAGACUGGUACCAUAAUGUGGCUUACAUUAUUGUUGGAGGUUUGUUGUCAUGGAUUGUCGGAUGGUUUCGUUUCUCGUUGGCUCCGGUGUUUUUCAUCAUGCUUGCUUGCGCUGUUAUGUACCGUAGUUCGGUAAGAACUUACAGACAGUCUUUGAGAGAACAGGCCCAGAGAGAAUUUUCGAUCAAGUCCAUUGAGGAUGACUACGAGACAAUGGACUGGCUCAAUGUGUUUUUGGAGAAAUUUUGGCACUUUUUGGAGCCCUCGGUGUCUCAGAUUGUCACCGAACAGGUCAAUCCCAUUUUGGCUGCUUCACCUGCUCCUGCUUUCAUCAAGUCCUUGUGGCUCGACUCGUUCACGGCUGGUACCAAACCUCCAAGAAUUGACUUGGUCAAAACUUUGCAAGGUACUGCUGAAGACGUUGUCGUCAUGGACUGGGGUGUUUCUUUCACUCCCAACGAGGUGGCUGAUUCCAGUAGCAAGCAAUUGAAGAAUAAGGUCAAUGAGAAGGUUGUUGUGAAAGUAAAGCUCUUCGGAAUUACCCUUCCAAUUGCUGUUUCUGACGUGUCUUUCAAGAGUUUGGUAAGGGUCAGAAUGAGAAUGAUGUCUUCAUUCCCUCAUAUUCAGACUAUUAACGUCGCCUUGUUGGAACCUCCCCAGAUUGAUUUUAACUCUCGAAUUUUUGGUGAAUCCACUUUCAAUUGGGAGGUGUUGGCUUUCCCUGGCUUGUACCCAUUUAUUAAUCAAAUGAUUAAGAAAUAUGCUGGUCCUAUCUUGUUUGCUCCUCUUUCCUUCCAGUUGAAUGUCGAGCAGUUGAUGGCUGGUGCUCCACUCAACUCCGCUAUCGGUGUUUUGGUUGUCAAUUUGAAAUCUGCGAAGGGCUUGAAGAACUACGGUCGUGUUGGAAAUACCAUCGAUCCUUAUUGUAACCUUGGAUUUUCUAAGAAGGUUUUGGCUACUACUAAGUACAUCAAGAAUACUUCUAAGCCGGUUUGGAACGAGACUGUCAAUAUUCCGAUCACCACAACCUCUGAGCCUUUGAACAUCACUAUCAUGGAUCACAACGGCCACAGGAAUGAUAACAUCAUCGGUUCCGUUCAGCUUGACAUGGACAUUUUGCUUCAGAAUCCGAAACAUCCAAAUAUCAAUGCCCCAGUUGUUCGUAACAAUAAAGUGGUUGGUGAGAUCCUGUUCGGUUUGAACUUCAUGCCAGCGUUGAUGGCCACCAGACAGCCGGAUGGUGCCGUUAAUCCUCCUCCUGACUUGAACACUGGUAUUGCAAUGAUUCUGGUCGUUAAUGCAAGAAACUUGAAAAGUCCUUCUGAUAAGCCCUUGUCAACUUCCGUUGAAGUCUUGCUUGAUGGUGUACCUGUUAUUGAGACAGCUGUUGUCAAGAAGAACAACAAUCCAGCAUGGGGAAAUUCUGAAGAGAAGAUUAUUUUUGACCGUGCAAAGACUAGGGUUCGUGUUAUUCUCAGAACCACCGAUAAGAAGAUCUACGGCUCUUUCCGUUGUAAUUUGAAUGAUUUAAUCGAUGCCACUAUGAUUCAAGACCCAUGGUUUCAACUUUCAAAGGGUGGCGAAGUACAAAUCAGCACCCAUUGGAAGCCAGUUAUGUUGGAAGGGGCUUCUGGAGCUGGUGGCUACAGCUCUCCAAUGGGUGUCGUUAGAGUUGUCAUUGACAGGGCUGAGGAUUUGCGUAACUUGGAAACUAUUGGAAAGAUUGACCCUUACGCUCGUAUCUUGGUGAACGGAAUUGAGCGUGCAAGAACUGUGGCUGCAGAAUCAACUUUGAACCCAACCUGGGCGGAGGUGCAUUACGUCUCUAUCUCUUCUCCAAACCAGAAAUUGACUUUGGAAGUUAUGGAUGUCGAGAAGCGUAGUCCAGACAGAACUUUGGGUUCGUUCGAUGUCAGAUUGAACGAGUUGAUUCAGAGGGACGAGAAGGGCCGCUACAUUGAGACUGUGGAUAACGAAAAGAGAGUUUCCAAGUUGAUUCACAAGAGAGGUCCUAAAGGUUCUCUCACCUAUUCUUUGUCCUUUUAUCCGACCUUGCCAGUUAUGACUUUGGACGACUAUCAAGCCGAAGAGGAUGAAAAGAAGGCCGAGAAGAAGAGAAUGGAAGAGUUAAAGAAGGCCGAGGAAAAGGGCGACAAGGAAGAAAAGAAAAAACUUGAGAGACAGAAGGAAGAGCUCGACGAAGAAGCCGAUGAAGAAGGCGACUCUCAAAACAAGUUGAGAUUGAACUUGGAACAGCUCACCGAGUUUAAGAGUGGUGUGCUCGUCUAUGAGAUUCUUGAUGUUGACACUGGUAAGGAUGAUUGCUACCUUCAACUCUUUGCUGAUAACCACGGUCUUCCAGAUUUCACUUCCCCUAAGUUGAAGCAGAGAAAGUCGAAGCUUAAUGUAACUGGUGAUGUUAUCAUCAAAGAGCUCGACUGGUCUAAAGUGAAUAUCAGACUUUCGAAGAAGAAAGACAACAACAGAUCUGAGAAGCCUAUUUCAGAAGUGAACAUUCCAGCACAUCAGUUGUUGUCCAAUGGCUAUAAGGAGCCAAUGACGAUUCAAUUGAGUGGAGCAGUCACUGCUUCUGUCAGAGUCCGGGCCUCUUGGGUGCCUAUUGUAUACUCCGGCGAGAUUCCUCCUCAAGACUCGCACGACAACUCAGGUUACUUAAAUGUUGAAGCGAUUGAUGCAAACGACUUACCAGCUGGAGACAGCAAUGGUAAGUCUGACCCAUAUGUCAAACUCUUCUUGAACACUGACAAGGAAGACUUCUUCAAGAGUAAGAAGGUCAAGAAGACGUUAGAUCCGGUUUGGAACGAGAAUGCCAAGGUUGCGGUCAUCAACAAGUACGAUUCAGUUGUUAAGGUCGUUGUCUAUGAUUGGGAUAUUGGGCCAGAGCAAGAUGACUGGUUGUGCGAGGGUUAUAUGAAACUUUCUGAAAUGAACAAGGAGGGUGAGACUGAAUACACUGUCAAGUUGUUCGAUGAGGAAGAGAAGCCAGCCGGAGAGGCUCACUUCAAGUUGAGUUUCAAGCCAGACUUCAUCAUUAACGUUCGCCCGGCUAGUUCUACUCAUAUCGGCGAUGCAUUUGGAGCCGUCGGUACUGGAGUUGGUGCUGUUGGACACGUCGGCAAGGGUUUCGGCAAGGGACUCGGCAAAGGUGUUGGUACCGUUGGCAAGGGCCUCAAGAAGGGCUUACACCUAGGCAAAUCCAAGGAUGAGUAG